UCCUGCUGUCCAGCCAACUGAGCCGCUUUCUUCUGUGACUUCUGCUCGCUGCAGCAGUGCGGAAGGGCCCAGGGAGACCUCAGCAACGCCAUGGUGACGUUUUGGGCCGAGAGCCGUGAUAUGGGGUGGUAUCCGGGAGAGGCCUGGAUGGAAACGGCCAGAGCCAGCCCUAAAGAGCUAGAGACCGCUGCUCAGACAGAGGCAGUGACCUUUGAGGAUGUGACAGUCACCUUCACCACAGAGGAGUGGGUUUUGCUGAAUCCAUCCCAAAAGAAGCUCUACAGAGAUGUAAUGUGGGAAACCUUUAGGAAUAUGGCUGCUCUAGGAAACUGGGUGAGCCAGCAUAUUAACGAAGAGUACAAAACUUUUUGGAGAAAUCUAAGAAGUCAACAGGUAGAAAAAUACUGUGGAUACCAAGAUUGGACUCAACAUGAAGAGAAUUUUCUUGGGACUUCAGAUCCUAAUGUAAACAUGAAAAAACCUGGUUUUAAUCCAACUGAAAGCCUUGAUUAUAGAAGGCCCCUGGUUGAUCAUUCAUCACUAACUGUCCCCAUCAUAACUCACACAGGACUGAAACCAUAUGAGUAUGAGAGAGUCGAAGAGAAGCUUUGUAAAUGUAAUGAACUUGAGAAAACUUGCAGUGAAUUCCACUUCUUUCAAAAGCAUGAAAGUAUACACACUGGAGAGAAACCAUAUGAACAUAAGCAACGUGGGAAAAUCUCUGAUUCCAGAGAAUGUACUGUGAUUCCUCAUGCUGGAGAGAAGCCCCUUGUGUAUAAGAAGAGUAUGAAUGCCUCCAGAACACCCACUUAUGUUCAUAUUCAUGAAAGAAAUCACAGUGGAGUGAAUCCAUAUGUAUGUAAACAAUGUGGAAAAGCUUUUGUUUCUUUCCACUAUAUUCAAAUACAUGAAAAAACACACACAAGAGAGAAGGCCUAUGUUUGUAAGGAAUGUGGGAAAGCAUUUUCUCAUAGUAAUUCCUUUUGCAAACAUAAAAGAAUUCACACUGGGGAGAAACCCUAUGUAUGUGAACAAUGUGGGAAAGCAUUUAUCACACGUAGUUAUUUUCAAAGACAUGAAAGGGUACACACUGGGGAGAAACCCUACGUAUGUAAGCAAUGUGGGAAAGCCUUCAGUAUGCAUAGUAAUUGUCAGAUCCAUGAAAGAAUUCACAAUGGGGAAAAGCCCUAUGUAUGUAAGCAAUGUGGGAAAGCUUUCAUUACAUCCUGGCAUUGUCAGCGACAUGAAAGGAUACACACUGGGGAUAAGCCUUAUGUAUGUAAGCAAUGUGGGAAAGCCUUCAGUAUGCACAGUAACUGUCAAAUACAUGAAAGAAUUCACACUGGGGAAAAACCUUAUGUAUGUAAGCAGUGUGGGAAGGCUUUCAGCAGACACUAUGAUUGUCAUAUACAUGAAAGAAAUCACACUGGGGAGAAACCCUAUGAAUGUAAGCAAUGUGGAAAGGCUUUCAGUACACACAGUAAUUGUCAAAAACAUGAAAGAAGACAUACUGGGGAGAAACCUUACAUUUGUAAGCAAUGUGGAAAAGCAUUCAGUACACACAGUCAUUGUCAAAAACAUGAGCAAAAUCAGACUCGUGAGAAAACCUAUAAAUGUAAGCAGUGUGAGAAAGCUUUCUGUUCUAAGUGUUUAUUAUGUGACCAUAAAAAAUCUCACACUGCAGAGAAACCCUACGUAUGUAAGCAAUGUGGGAAAGCCUUUGGCAGACACUAUGAUUGUCAGAUACAUGAAAGAAGUCAUACUGGAGAGAAACCCUAUGCAUGUAAGCAAUGUGGGAAAGCUUUCACUACACAAGGUCAUUGUCAAAGGCAUGAAAAAAUUCACAGUGGGGAGAAACCUUAUGUGUGUAAGCAAUGUGGGAAAGCUUUCAGCAGGCAAGGUACUUGUCAAAUACAUGAAAGAAUUCACACAGGGGAGAAACCUUAUGUAUGUAAGCAAUGUGGAAAAGCUUUCAGCAGACAUAAUGAUUGUCAAAUACAUAAGAGAAUUCACACAGGGGAGAAACCUUACAUAUGUACUCUAUGUGGGAAAGCAUUUGCUGAUAACAGUUCAUUUUAUAGACAUAAAAGAACUCACACUGGAGAGAAACCCUAUGCAUGUAAGCAAUGUGGGAAAGCAUUCAGUACAUGCAGUGAUUGUCAAAUUCAUGAAAGAAGUCACAAAGGGGAAAAACCAUAUGUAUGUAAGCAAUGUGGGAAAGCAUUCAGUACAAACAAGUAUUGUCAAAUACAUGAAAGAAGUCACACUGGAGAAAUUGUAUGUAAGCAGGCCUAUUUUGAAAAUCCUAUAAAAUUUUCUCAUGUAGUUGAGGGAUAUCUAUAAAA